UUUAAAAUUAUACUCCCCCGUUCGGCAGCUCGUCAUCAACUGCAAGUCUGCAACUCGUCCAUCUCCAUACUCCAUCCUCAUUUCACACAGACUCUGUCAAGAAAAAAAGUUGCCAAAAAUGUUGUCACCCAUCACCAAAUCUCUAUCUUUCCAACCUCCUUUUUCAUGUUCUUCGUCGUUUCUUCGUAACUCUCUCCUCCUUCAAUCUUCUCCUUCAACAACAACCAGGAUCAUGAUUUCUGCUCAUCAGUCAAUUCCUCCGCUUCCUGAUGAUCGCAUCGUUGUGGGUUGUGGGGGUGCAUCAAUGGACUAUCUAGUAAUGGUGGAUGGCUUCCCGAAGCCUGAUGAGAAGAUCCAAAGCACUUCCUACAAGGUUCAAGGGGGUGGAAAUGUUGGCAAUGCUUUGACUUGUGCUUCUCGUUUGGGAUUACGACCUAGAAUAAUUGCCAAGGUUGCUGAAGAUGCUGAAGGAAGAAGCAUGCUAGAAGAGCUUGAAGCUGAUGGUGUGGAUACUUCUUUUACUGUGGUUUCCGAGGAAGGUCGUUCAAUGUACAGUUAUGUGAUCGUUGACAGUAAAAUGAAAACUCGGACUGCCAUCUACUGUCCAGGAUAUCCUCCCAUGAUGGCUACAGACUUUUCCGGAACAAGUUUAUCUUCUGCUUUAGAUGGUGCCAAACUUGUAUAUUUUGAUGGACUCUCACUAAAAACUGCUUUAGUUGUUGCAAGAGAGGCAUGUCGCAGAAGUAUACCUAUUCUGGUUGAUGCAGAAAUGGGAGAGGAAGGGUUCGACAAUCUUUUGAAUAUGUCGGACUAUGCUGUUUGCUCAGAAAAAUAUCCUCAGGCUUGGACAAAGGCACCAUCUAUGGCAAGUGCACUUGUUUCUAUGUUGAUAAGAUUGCCAAAGUUGAAAUUUGUUAUUGUUACCCUUGGUGAAGAGGGGUGCAUAAUGCUCCAGAGAAGUCAUAAUGAAGAGGACACACACUUAGAAGAAAUGAAUGUGGACCAAUGUUUAGCAUCAUUAAACGCGAAAAAAGACUGCAACACCACUAAUCCAACGUGCAUUUCAUCGCCAGUGUUAAAGCUGGAAGCACCUGGACUUGGAAAACUGAAUGGAAGGUUUCUAGUGGGAACAGCUGAGAGGAUACCGCAUUUGGAGCUAGUUGAUACAACGGGUGCUGGUGACGCGUUCAUUGGAGCAGUUCUUUAUGCUCUGUGUACAGAUAUGCCGCCCGAGAAAAUGUUGCCUUAUGCUGCUCACGUGGCAGCUGGUUGUUGCCGAGCAUUUGGAGCUCGGACAGGGCUUCCACAUCAUACGGAUCCACGCUUGCAACUCUUUCUGGAUCAUGAUUCCAGUACAUCACCAGCACAAUGAAGUACAGCUCAGUCAAUGCUGUAAACAAAUGUUAGUGGCAUGCGAUUUCGGAUAUGUUGCUUGUUAACGUGUAAAUUUCUCCCAAGUCAUCCUUGCUAGGUAGAGUGUGCCUACAUGGAGUUAUGUUGGUGGUUGAUGACCAACUUUCUUGUUGGCCUAGGGUUUUCACUGUCGCUGACAUGUUGGUCGUUCCUGUUGAUAAUGUGUAACUGUGUACUUUUUAACCGUACAAUAAAAAUUCUAGAAAAGGUUUGUGAUGUUGUAAAUUCUAGAAAAGGUUUGUGAUGUUGUUCCACUGUGUCUAUAUAUUGUUUAGGUGUCGUUUGGUUCAAAAAUAUCAUAGUUCUUGUAACAGAAUGAAAGCUCUUAGAAGUAUUUGACUUCCUUGAUUUAUUA